CAGUCCCAUCAGAGAUAAAAAAUGAGUGGAUUAAGUUUUCCGAAAAUUUAAAAAUUCUGUCUAGUUUAAAAAUUCCAAGAUGGGUGCUUGGAGAUUCGCCUAAGCGUAUAGAAAUUCAUUCUUUCAGUGACGCCUCUCAGUCUGCGUAUGGGGCAUGCAUUUAUGUUAAGUCGAUAGGCCCAAAUGAGGAUGUUACUGUCAAGCUAUUAUGUGCCAAAUCCAAAAUAGCUCCCCUUAAAUUCACCAGCAUUCCGAGACUUGAAUUAUGCGCUGCGCUGGUCGCUGCCAAGCUCACGCAGUCCGUGUUAGAGUCCCUCAGAUAUAAGCCAGAUAGAAUAGUGCACUGGUGUGACUCGAGCGUGGUCUUAGGAUGGAUCAAGGGUGAUAUAAGUAGACUGAAAACAUUUGUUGCCAAUCGUAUUGGUGAAAUAGUAGAACUUACUUCGCCGCAAUCCUGGAGGUACGUUCCUACAGAUUUAAAUCCCGCGGAUUUCAUUUCGCGAGGUGUUGACCCAAAAAACAUAAUUUUGUUGGAUCUUUGGUGGACAGGUCCCAACUUUCUGCUAAAAAAUGAAGACGAUUGGCCUGUCUUAAAAGUUAAAAAUUUCGAAGCUCUGCCUGAACUGAAAGUGCAUUCCGCAGUAAUAAGUGAACCAAUAGUUGAUUUCGAAAGGUUCUCUUCGUGUAAUAGACUCAUUAGAUCGUUUGCUUACGUGCAAAGAUUCAUAUUCAACACCAAAAAUAGUAUCAAGCGUAAUGGCGUAUUAACAGCUGAUGAAUUGCGUGAAUCCUGGUAUUCGUUAUGCAUUAUUGCUCAAUGUCAAUCUUUUUCAGAAGAAUAUGAAUCACUUUUAAAUAAUAAACCAUUAGGCAGUAAAAGCAAAAUAUUGUGUUUGUCCCCAUUUUUAGAUAAUAAGAUAAUGCGUGUUGGAGGGCGCUUAGAUGCCACAGAAUUUUACUCCUUUGAUAAAAAACACCCCAUUUUACUUCAUGCAUCGCAUAGACUAACAAGGCUUUACUUCGAAAGAGAACAUCUCGUCAAUAUGCACGCUGGUCCUCUUUUGUUAUUUUCAACUGUAAGAGAAACUGUUUGGCCAGUCAACGGACGUCACCUCGCAUGGCGUGUUGUAAAUAAUUGUGCUAGGUGUAGACGCCUACGAGGUAAAACCCUCCAACCUAAAAUGGGUAACUUACCACCCCAACGUAUUACCCCCGACUAUCCUUUCUUGUCAGUCGGGCUGGACUUUGCUGGUCCUUUUACUAUCAUUAAUCGCAAGGGCCGUGGAAGUCGUUUGAUUAAAUGUUACUUGUGCUUGUUUGUCUGUCUUCGUUACAAGUGCAUCCAUCUCGAAGCCGUUAGUGAUUUAACUAAGGAUGCAUUCAUUAUGACUCUUCGACGCUUUAUAGCGCGCCGAGGCAGACCCACUGAAAUUUUUAGUGAUAAUGGGACUAAUUUUGUAGCUGCCGCAAAGGAAUUAGGGUCAUUUAUCAAACAAAACCAAGAACCUCUAUUUGAUUUUGCAAGCCAAAACCUUAUAAAGUUUAAAUUCAUUCCGGCUUACACUCCUCAUUUUGGUGGACUAUGGGAAGCCGGCGUUAAAUCGGCUAAACAUCAUAUAAAGCGCGUUAUCGGUAAUAGCCACCUCACCUUUGAGGAAAUUUCCACUUUAUUUACACAAGUGGAAUCUAUUUUAAAUAGUCGUCCAUUAUGUCCGUUGUCGUCGUGUCCCAAUGACCUUCUUUCCCUAUCCCCUGGACACUUUCUUAUCGGAAGGCCGCUAACUGCUCCACCAGCGCAAUACUUGGGCGACUCUAAGGAAAACUAUCUUCAACGCUAUGAACGCCUGGAAAAAAUACAGCAGCAUUUCUGGCAGCGAUGGCAGCGCGACUACAUAUCAGAAAUGCAGCAAAGAACUAAAUGGAAGAGCAACGCUGCCAAGCUGAGCGUCGGGGAUAUGGUGCUCCUGUCAGAAGAUAACGCUCCCCCUCUGUCAUGGAAGCUCGGUCGUAUUCUACGCCUCAUCACGGGAUCCGAUGGAAUAGCCAGAGUGGCAGACGUCACCACAAACAGAGGCUGUGUGCGCCGCUCUCUCGUACGUCUGUGUAAGCUUCCGACAGCCGAAGAGCUUCGAGGUUGAAAAGCGAGUUUUCAACGGCCGGGAGUAUGUACAGGCUUUGAAAGCCUAUAUUAAAAAUAGAGUGUUAAGUGUGUGUCGUGAACUUUGCGUAAACCAAUCGGCAGGCGUUUAUAGUACAUGGAACAAUUUUAAUUGUCAUCGCUCACUUCAAAUACGAGCUCUGUACAAGUAACACCUUUUUUUAUUAAAUUAAUUUUGCAUAUA